AUGACGAGGCACUCUCUGGUGAUCCUAUGCUGCUACCUGUACACGCUCUUUGACAUGGCGGCCCUACACUUUCCCGAGGAAAUAUGCGAACCGGUACUUUCCACGGAGGUCGAAGGCUGGCAUAUUAAGGUCGAUAGCCUAUCGUCCAGUACGUUUCGACUUUCGGCGAGAAAGCGCGGGUACCGGUUCUUUCCGAAGAUCGAAAGGGAGUCGGACCUCGAGGAGUACGGCAGGAAGGAGGCUUCGCUGUCGCUGAGGGACAUUCUGCCGUUGAACCCGAAGCAGUACGACAAACACAGGGCGCCGAAGUUCCUGGGUCAGCCUACUAUCGUCUACUUCCACGUCACGGUGCUCAGCCUCGACUCCAUAAACGAGGAAUCGAUGACGUACGUCGCGGAUAUAUUCCUGGCUCAAAGCUGGCGGGACUCUAGGCUCCGACUUCCGGAGAACAUGUCCGAGGAGUACAGAAUAUUGGACGUGGAUUGGCUGCACAAUAUCUGGAGGCCCGACUGCUUCUUCAAGAACGCGAAAAAAGUCACCUUCCACGAGAUGUCGAUACCGAACCAUUACCUCUGGCUCUACCACGACAAGACCCUGCUUUACAUGUCAAAGCUGACCCUCGUCCUGUCUUGCGCGAUGAAGUUCGAGUCGUACCCCCACGACACCCAAAUCUGCUCAAUGAUGAUCGAGAGCCUGUCGCACACCACCCAGGACCUGGUGUUCAUCUGGAACAUGACGGACCCGCUGGUGGUGAACCCGGAGAUCGAGCUGCCGCAGCUCGACAUCUCGAACAAUUACACGACCGACUGCACGAUCGAGUACUCCACCGGGAACUUCACGUGCAUACAGAUCGUGUUCAAUCUCCGUCGUCGUCUGGGCUAUCACCUGUUCCACACGUACAUACCGUCCGCUCUGAUCGUGGUCAUGUCCUGGAUCGCGUUCUGGAUCAAACCGGAGGCGAUCCCGGCCCGGGUCACCCUGGGCGUGACGUCACUGCUGACCCUCGCGACUCAGAACACGCAGUCCCAGCAAUCACUGCCGCCUGUUUCCUACGUGAAGGCCAUCGACGUCUGGAUGUCCUCGUGCAGUGUGUUCGUGUUCCUCUCGUUGAUGGAGUUUGCCGUCGUCAACAACUACAUGGGACCGGUCGCCACCAAGGCCAUGAAGGGAUACUCGGACGAGGACCUCAGAGAGGCUAUCGACGAGUUCAAAACGCCGAUGAGGAACGAAACCGAGAGGAGCAGGAGUCCAGUCAGGCCCCUGACGGUGCAGUACGAUACAUGCUGCCAGGGUCGUGCAACGGCGAUCUACAUCGACAAGUUCUCCAGAUUCUUCUUCCCGUUCUCUUUCCUCAUCUUGAACGUCGUCUACUGGAGCACCUUCCUGUAG